UAUGUAGUCGGUACUACUGGCCGGGAAUGCUGCGGGAUAUAUCGAAAUUCGUCAAGAGCUGCGAAUCCUGUCAACGGUACAAACCAAGUCAGCGGGCACCAGCAGGAGAAAUGUUACUGAGUAUUCCAGAAGAGCCGUGGGCAACCGUGUGCGCCGAUUUUGUGGGCCCGCUCCCAAGAACCAAGCAUGGGAACACGACGUUGCUGGUGUUUAUCGACCGAUUCUCCAAAUGGGUUGAGCUGGUGCCACAACGGAAGGCAACUGUCGAGGGAGUGGUCAAGGCAUUUCGUGAGCGAAUACUUGGUAGGUUUGGUACUCCGAAAGUCUUUAUCACCGACAAUGGCAGCCAGUUUACCAGUCGAGUACUGGAAAAAUACCUGCAAGAGAUCGGUGUGCGAAGACAAUUUACCGCGCCAUACACUCCGCAGGAGAACCCCACGGAACGAGCCAAUAGAACCGUGAAGACUAUGAUAGCUCAGCUCUGUAAAAAUCAACACAACAAAUGGGAUGAGCACAUACCGGAGAUAAACCUCGCGGUCAAUACGAGCACAUCCGAAUCUACUGGCUACAGCCCCGCAUAUUUAGUGCAGGGUCGAGAACCUCGUUUGCCUAGCGCUUUGUACGACGAAUGUGCCAUUGGAACUGGCACAAGGAAGCAGGACCCCAACGACAAAGCCAAGGAACUUCGCGAAGUCUUCAAGAUUGUACGCAAUCAGCUGGGACGAUCGGGGGAAGAUCAAAGAAGACACUACAACCUGAGGCGAAGGUCAUGGAAACCAGCAGUAGGAGACCUGGUGUUAGUUCGGCAACACCCGCUGUCCAAGGCCAUCGAUAGCUUUGCAGCGAAGCUCGCCCCAAAAUACGAUGGCCCGUACGAGGUUCUGAGUUAUCCGUCCCCAGUAAUAGUCAGUGUACGUGGACGUGUCAAAGGAGACGUCCGAACAGCCCAUCUCAGCGAGAUAAAACCUCUUACUACAGCGGACGAAGUUGACCAACACACUAACGCGAAAAGAACGGUAGAACAUUGCUUAAGUAUUACCUCUCCAAUCUCUUCUCGCCCGUCUCUAGAUACUUCACCUACAGCGUUACCGCCGCACCCAAUCAUGGGUCCCGAACAGACCCCGGUGAAAACAAAGGCCUAUUUCAAGCAGCAGUGGCAACAGCAAGAGACUGCACAAGGCAGCCGAGGCCCCGGCCGAUCAAUUCCCCGCAGAAGGCGCCCGCUAGAAUCCCGCAGACGGGCCUCGAAGUCUCCUCGGCCACAGCAGUUGCAGCUACCCCCGUGCUACGUAAGGCUGGAGAGGAUGGUGACCAAGCCCGUCUCGCGCCCGGUAGUGGCGGUGCGACCAAUACCCAGGCCAGCCAUGGCACCGGGGCAAACUAGCGGUGAGGCGCAACCCAGGCUGAGGCCAGCAACACCCCCGGCACAGAGACCGCUGGUGGAACCCCUAGUGCGUAGGCCGACCGCACCCAUCCAGGACACAAUCGUCCUGUCGUCAGACUCCGAGGGGCCGCCGACACAGACGCGGCCAUACCGGUUGCUACCUAGACGUCCACCGACGCCCCCGCUGGAGGUAAUACAAAUUGUGGAAUUGUCAUCCGACGAGGAGGUACUGCCAAACUCGCUACCGCGCCCCUUCAGGUUCGUACCCUCAAAUCCACCGACCCCGCCGCCCGAGGUAUCCCCAGCUCAGAGUUCCGAUGAGUCAUCAGCUGAGGAGCUAGGCGUGAUGGGACCUGCACCGGCUGUGUCGACGUCGCCGCGUUACGUUGAUUCGACCGCUUCCGAGACGGAGAUGCCGACGUCCAGGCGAAACCCACGCUUGACAGCGACCCGGGUCCCGACCCCGCCACCAGCACGAUUGUCCAGCGCAAUUGUGGUACCGACGCCACCUCUACAGCGGAACUACGCCUACAACUGCCAAGAGCGCUUGCCGGACGAGGUCCAGCCGGCCCUCCAACGCCACAUCCGGGUAGCCCUAGCCUUCCAUGUGCCGCAUCGGCAGUACAAGAAGGUAGUGGAGAUCUGCGGCCGCCGCUACCGCAUUAUGGUUAACCGCCAAGGGAAGGUGUUCGUAAUGCCGAGAUGAACCAGCUCUUCCCGGAGGAGGGGAGUAGUGUGAUGACGGAAGUCGCUGGCUCGUUUCCGUCCACACUCAGUGGCGUCUCCAUUCGUGUUUAACCUGUGUUGCCUUUUUUUAUGUUGAAUUAUUUAAAAUGAAUUUGGGUUAAUGAAUUUGAAUUAAUGAAUUAAUUUAAAUGAAUUAUUUUUCUCAGUGUACUUUGUAGUAGUAACUAAU